AUGACCGGCCUCUUUCGAGCUGAAAAGACAGCAUUUGUCGAUUGGCAGUCACCUUUUCACCUCGUUUUGGCCACCGGAUUCGGACAAUCAAACCACCGUCGUCAAGACGCCAGUCCUAGCUCCGCAGUCUUAAGUGUCAUGAGCGUCUCCCUCACCGGCCGGUUGUGUUGCUACCUCCGCAACAGGCCAAUCGGCACCACAGUCGGUCUCAUUGUCAACACUCGCCAUUCGGACCGGCGAAUGUCAACUCCCCACAACCAACUUCUCUUGACAAUCUGGUCUGGCCAACUGGGACACUUUGUUGGACGAUAA